UCCCCCGUGUCUACCUCACCUCGGGUAUAUUUUAGAGUUUAACAAUGUACUUAUAAGACUAACUCCGUUCCCGACCGCAGGGCAGAAUCAGCAAAGCACGAAGUGAUUAGACGAGUUGUCGGGAGACUGAGGAACCACCUUAAACAGAAAUAUGCCGGUCAUAAAGAGAGAAGCAAACCCAGAAGGGGAGGUAAAUUUGGAGGCGUCAUUGAAUGUAACCGGCAAUCCUAUUGGAAGUUCGCCGAGACCUACGAUAAUUAGUGAAGAUGAAAAAGCCGUAUCACCCGAAGGAAUCACCGAAGAGAGUACAGGGAAAGUUAUCGAAACUAGCAUUGAAACACUUGGCAAGGAUCUCGCGGAGGAAAUGGGUAUACCUACAUGGGGUCUUGUCGCCAUUUUAGUUGCUGUCGGAAUAGUGGUCCUGGGGAUCUGUUUUUGCUGCAUACGAAGAUGUUGUCGCAAGAGACGUUCCAAAGAUGGAAAAAAAGGCCUGAAGGGUGCCGUGGACCUCAAGUCCGUCCAACUCCUCGGCAGCACAUACAAGGACAAGGUACAGCCGGAUAUGGAAGAACUCACUGACAACGCGGAAGAACCAGAUGAAGCUGAAAGCAAACAGAGCGAAGUUAAGCUCGGAAAACUUCAAUACAAGCUUGAAUACGAUUUCAACGCGACUACUUUAGCCGUUACGGUAAUUCAAGCAGAAGAUCUUCCAGCGUUGGAUAUGGGUGGAACCUCGGAUCCAUACGUCAAGGUUUACUUGUUGCCGGAUAAAAAGAAAAAGUUUGAGACUAAGGUCCAUAGGAAGACGCUUAGUCCCGUGUUCAACGAGACCUUCACCUUUAAAGGUGUUCCGUAUGCUGAUGCAAUGAAUAAAACGUUGGUCUUUGCGAUCUUCGAUUUCGAUAGAUUUUCGAAACACGACCAGAUCGGUGAAGUCAAAGUACCAUUGUGUCAAGUAGAUCUUGCACAAACGAUCGAAGAGUGGCGAGAGUUACAAAGUGUAGAGGGUGAAGGUGGCCAGGACAACAAACUCGGUGAUAUCUGCUUCUCGUUGAGAUACGUACCAACGGCAGGCAAAUUAACAGUGGUCAUUUUGGAAGCGAAGAAUCUGAAGAAGAUGGACGUUGGUGGACUUUCAGAUCCUUACGUGAAGAUAGCUCUCAUGCAAAAUGGCAAGCGGUUGAAAAAGAAAAAAACGUCCAUUAAGAAAUGCACUCUUAAUCCCUAUUACAACGAAUCCUUUACAUUUGAGGUACCUUUCGAGCAGAUACAGAAAGUGCAGCUGGUAGUCACCGUGGUAGAUUAUGAUCGUAUUGGCACGUCUGAACCGAUCGGUAAAGUGAUUUUGGGCUAUAAUGCGAGUGGAACGGAAUUAAGACAUUGGUCGGACAUGUUGGCAUCCCCGAGACGUCCCAUUGCCCAGUGGCACACGCUCAAGGAUCCUGAGGAUGGUGACAAGAAGGACUAAACGUGUCCACAGUUACACUAAGGUAUUUAUUUAUUUUUACCUUCAUUAAUAAUGCUAACAGCAAAAUCUUUCGAUAGUAUAGAAAAGGCUGAUACGCGCGUUUAAAAUUCGAUCGAAAUUCAAUUUUUAAAUAAAAUAUUUUCUUUUAAUUAUUUGUGAUUGCAUUUAUAUUGAAAAUACAUAUUUGGUUUGAUUAGGUGAAGAACUUAACACUAUGCCGUCCGCACGUGUAAUCAAGAUUCUUUUAUUUGGCGCAAAUAGGAUCCGUGCAGAUUUUUUUGCCUGUCAUCGGCAUUUUUUAAGGUUUUCGAGAGAUCAUAAACCGUCAUGUUUUACUAAUUCCAAUAGUUCUUAAUCCUGUCCCUCCAUUUUCACGAAAUUUCGAGGAUAUACGUAAAUUAAUGAAAGAUGUUUUGGUAUUAUGUAUGUCCACACGGAACAAAAUCUCUAAUAUACGUACACAGAAUGUUUUCAUAUCUAUGGGAUGUCUCAGUAUAUCAGAAGUUAAAAAUAUAUGUUGUGACGUGGUGAAUUUCAGGACACCCGUCCCAUGGAUUUCUAUGGGCUAAUUAGUUCUUUUGGCCGCCCUUUUAUGACCCUAGAGUCUGGCGGUCCCCUGCCCUCCUCGCAUGUGGGAGCGCCGAAACCUUAUCGGGGCCGCGCCGCGGCUGCUCGUGUUACCUGUAAUAGUGUGCGUCGGGUUGCGCAUAUCCAGGCGUUGUGCGGUGUGCGGCCGGCUCGUGCACGUCGUGUUGCCCUAGCCCUGGCGUUGGGCAACGCGGCUCGUCACAGUAUAUAAUAUGUAUGUAUGCCACACGUAUCUGGCAAAUUAAUGUUCAUUUCCUUAAUAUGCGCGCAACUUACACAUAUUAAGUGUCUUUUAUAUGUGUGAUACUUCAGAUACAAAUAUCUGUUAAAUAAGGAUAUAUUAUACGUUUACUAAACGUAUUUAAAUG